GUUGGGGUGUGCAAGUCACAGAAGUCAUACUUGCUAUAAACUUACAUACUUGAAACUUUUUUAUUUUUUCUAAUACCUUAAUAUUGCAUUUUAUUUGUUAAACUCAAAGGUCCAUUUUUGCCACUUAAAAUACCAUCACCAAAUCUAAAGCACGAUGAUUGACAAGGUUACUGGAGCUGGGGUUUUGCCCUUUGCAGUCCAGCUCAAAGCUCUUCUGGACAAAGAGGCCCGAUAUCAGCCCAAACUCUGUGGACUCCGACUCAUUGAGUCUGCUCAGGAUAAUGGCCUGAGGAUGACUGUCAAGUUGAGAGAUUUUGAAGUGAGAGAUCUUCUCACCUUGAAACAAUUUUUUGGUUUCAGUGCAGAGACAUUCUCCCUGGCUGUGAAUCUUCUAGAUCGAUUUCUGGCUGUGAUGAAGAUUCAGCCCAAGCACCUGUCAUGUGUUGGCCUUUGCUGCUUCUACAUUGCUGUGAAGAAUUCAGAAGAGGAGAGGAAUGUUCCUUUGGCCAGUGACCUCAUCCGGAUCAGUCAGAACCGCUUCACUGUCCAUGACAUGAUGAGGAUGGAAAAGAUCAUUCUGGAAAAGCUCUUCUGGAAGGUCAAGGCUCCAACUGCCCUUCACUUCCUUCGAUUCUUUUACUUUCGCAUUCAAGAACAGUUGGAUACUGAAAGUAAGAGUUUUCUGAACAUUGAGAGGCUUGAGGCUAAGUUGAAGGCUUGCCAUUGCUCCUUUACUUUCACAAAAAUUAAGCCUUCGCUACUUGCUCUGUCCCUGCUGGCUCUGGAGAUCCAGGAACAGUAUGAAUGUGAAGCUGUUCCUGCUCUGAAACGAGAGCUGGAUGGUCUACAAGAGAGUUUGAGCGUGAAAGAUGGAGACCUGGUUUGUGUGAGAGAAGUUGUUGCUAAGUGCCUAGUUGAAUAUGCCACCACCAAGUGCUUGAAGCCAAAUGGCCAGAGACUGCGAUGGAUUAUUUCGGGUAGAACAGCACAACAGCUGAAGCACAGCUACUUCAAGAUUGCUCAUUUACCCACAAUUCCUGAAUAUGCUUGUUAAGGUUGUUGGGUGCCCAUACCUGGAGGUGCUGCUUCCCAGCUGAUGAUAAUGUGAUUUCUAUUGGUACUUUUAAUCCAGGUUGUGGGCACCCAACAAUAAUUUUCCAGAGCUUAAUUUCUUUAAAAAGCUCUUAAAGAGUGCUUUAUUUCUCUCCUCCCCAGUCAUUUGUGUUAUACCUACCAUGAAAAUAUUUAUUUUACAUCAGCACUACCUCCAAUGUAGAGGUUUCUAGUCAAGGGUGGGUUUCAGCAAGUUGUACAGCAUACUCCUUUUUAAUCUGUGCAAGAAGCGCUGGUUGUUUAAAGCAAUGAAGUCUAGAACCGCCUAGGUCCUCAGUCCACUGUGUGGAAGAGGAGGGAGAAGGGUUUUGUGAAUCAAAAUGACAACGGAAAAGAGAUCAGGCCCAAAACCCUUAAACUCCCACCCUAGGUUGUAAACCGUUGUAAUGCACACUCCUACCCAAGGUGAUGUUUUUUUUUCUUUCUUUUCUUAUUAUGGUGUUCUGCUUUCUAACAUGAUGUGAUUAAAACGGGAUGACUAUGGAUGCAUGGUUUUAACUUUUAAUUAUAUGCAUAUAAUGGAAAAAACAAGGUAGUUGUAAUUUACCAGGCUGAAGUUUUUUUGAAUUUGGUUUCUCCUUACUCCAACUGUAUGCGACUGACCAUGUUUAUACCUGGUAUGAAUUAGCAUUCUAACAUAAAAUGAGUGGUGAAAAUACAAUUGAAGUUCUUUUGAAUUUUAUUUUCAAGUGGAUUUAAAUUCAUAAAGACGUUUGUUUUGGUGCUAAUCUGGAAGUUGAGAGCUGCAUCCUACAAAUGUAUGUAG